UUUUCAUAGAGGCGAAGACCACGCGCGGAGACUUCUCGGCUUGCUCAAGGACACAAGGCGACGGUGAGUCGAGAGGUUGUCAUGACAACAGGAAAAAAUUUGAUGAGAGCCAUAAAAGUGUUUGAAUUUGGUGGGCCUGAAGUGCUCAAACUGCAGCUAGAUACGUUAGUGCCGGUUCCAAAAGAAAACCAGGUUCUCAUCAAAGUUCAUGCAUGUGGGAUUAACCCAGUAGACACCUAUAUUCGUUCUGGAGCUUAUAAAUGGAAACCAUCUUUACCAUAUACACCAGGUACAGAUGUAGCUGGAGUGGUAGAAGAAGUUGGAGAACAUGUGACUGCUUUUAAGCAUUGGAAUUCCAUACUUUACGGCUUUUCGAGCCCUCUUCCAAAAAGGCUCUGCCAAAGCAGGAGAAACUGUGUUAGUCCAUGGAGCAAGUGGAGGAGUUGGAAUAGCAGCAUGCCAAUUAGCAAGAGCUUAUGGUUUGAAGGUUUGGGGCACAGCUGGGACAGAGAAUGGGAUGAACCUAGUUUUAAAAAACAGCGCUUGCAGAGUAUUUAAUCACAGGAAGAGUGAUUACUUGGCUGAGAUUAAG